AGAGAGAGGGGGGAGAAGAGAGAGAGAGAGGGAGAGAGAGACAGAGAGAGAGAGAGAGAGAGGGAGAGAGAGAGAGAAGCAGAGGUCUAUGCGAGCUCCAGCACCAUGGACAGAGGCAGCAGGGAGGCGCGAGCGCGAACCGGAGCGCGCGAGACCGAGCCGUCAGAGCUGACGGGGCACGAGGCUUUGACGGAAGGAGCCAAAUGAAGCGCGAGCUUCUGCGACUUUCCCCCUUUUCCGUCUCUUCGUUAAACGCCGACUGAGCUACACCGGCUGGAAUGGAUUCCGGACUCCAGGAACUUUCCUCCUUUCCUGCCUGCGCGAGCAGCGCGCGCACUAACAGGUCGGGCUCGAGCGUGAACGGAGGCUUCGAGAAAGCGAUGCAGAUGAAGCGCGGAGUCCCGCAGCCGCUCCUCUCCCCCCUCUCUCUCUGCCUGAGCGCGCGCGAGGCUCGUGCACGAUGCAAAUGAAGACGCGUGGAGUUGUGCAACUUUUACCUUUCCGCUUCUCCGUCCGUCUGAACACGCACGCGACGGCGGCUCGGGUCCCGGCGUGAAAACGGUGUCGAUUCUUUGUCAGUUUUGCAGCAUGGGGGCGCUGCUGCUGUGGCUCCUCGUGCAGACGGGGCUUUUGCAGGGCUCCAGCUACGUGUACGGUUACGGGUACGUGGACUGGGCGGACAGUGAAAAUGCACGUGGGGAUGCGGAGGCGCCUCAGCGGCCAACAGUGCGCGCCACUGUGGCGCACCGUCUGGAGGAAGACGUGCCAAAAGUGGUGGCGGCUUUCCUGCACACGGGGGACUCGUCUGCGUUGGCGCAGGCCAACUGCUCACGCCGCUAUGAGUUGGGUGGGUUGCGAGCCUCCUCUUCCUCCACGUCUCGGCACUCCUUGCGGACGGCCGUGGAGGCCGUGGUGCGAGCCGCUGGCCUGCUGAAUGGCCUGCUGCCCCUGGGGGAUGGGCAGCCACAGCGGGACGCGGUGUGGUAUGGUGCACUGGUGCGCAGCUUGCUUGACGCGGACCUCAGGAUCCACCGGGCAGCGCUGGCGCUCCAGGCCAAGCCACGGCUGCUCCUGCAGGCUACCAGGAGUGGCGGGCAUGUGGCGGUGAGGGACCUAAAGGAGUCUGAGUGGCACGAUGAGUUCAGGGAGCGGAAGAGGGUGCACGGGCCCAGAGGGCAAGGUCCAGAGCCAGGCGAGAUAAAGUGGUCAGCGCCGUACCUGGAAUGUGAAGGUGGAAGCUUUGUGCCGCACUGGCUGUUAACGCUGUCUUCAGGGAUUUAUGCGCCAGGGACGGAUGCGGCAGCACCAGAUUUCAGAGGAGUCGUGAGAGUCGACGUGAAUCUGCAGGACGAGGACAUUGACCAGUGCUCCAGUAGCGGCUGGUUUGCGGGCACUCACCGCUGCAAUCUGACCACUAUGGAGUGUAAACCCGUCCCGGGACACGGCUUCAUUCUGGACAAGUACAAGUGCCAGUGUAAAAGAGGCUUCUACUCACCCAGCCGAGUGGCACUCAACGGCGUCUCAACAGAGUCAGAGCAGGGUCUCUACAGUGACGAGCCCUCGGACGUGUCCCCUCGAUGCCUGCCGUGUCGCGAGGGCUGCUCCUUUUGUCGGGACGACUCGCCGUGUCUGGCGCAGGAGGACGGCGUCCUGCGGGUGGCCGUGGCCUCUUUCCAGGGCCUCUGCAUGCUGCUGGACUUCAUCAGCAUGCCGGUGGUCUACCACUUCCGCCGCAACAAGAGAAUCAAAGCUUCAGGUCUGAUUCUGCUGGAGGCCAUCAUGGCAGGUGCUGUACUCCUCUACUUCCCUGUGAUGAUACUUUACUUUCAGCCAAGCGUGUUCCGCUGUAUUCUUCUGAGAUGGGUUCGCCUCCUGGGCUUUGCUACUGUCUACGGAACAGUGAUCCUCAAGCUGUACCGGGUGCUGAAAGUGUUCCUGUCUCGCACGGCCCAGCGGAUCCCCUACAUGACCAGUUGGCGUGUGCUGCGCCUGCUGGCCGCCAUCCUGCUGGUGGUCCUCUGGUUCCUGGUGGCCUGGACCUUGGCCAUGUGCCAAAGCACAGACAUCCAUCACACUCUCGUUGACAUGGGGGUCACCCCAGAGGGCCUGCAUUUCAACAUGUGCCUGCUGGACCGCUGGGACUACAUGAUGGCUGUUGCGGAGUUCCUGUUCCUGCUGUGGGGCGUCUAUCUGUGCUACGCCGUGCGAACCGUGCCCUCCGCCUUCCACGAGCCGCGCUACAUGGCAGUCGCCAUCUAUAAUGAGCUCCUCAUCUCGGCGAUAUUCCACAUCAUUAGAUUCACCCUGGCUCCUGGACUGCACCCAGACUGGAUGCUCAUGUUAUUUUUUGUCCACACACAUUUGACAGUGACGGUGACUCUCGGUUUGCUGCUCAUCCCAAAGUUCCUAUUCACUGGGACUCACAUGCAGGAUGACAUUGCUACUGAGGCCUAUGAGGACGAGCUGGAUAUGGGCCGGUCCGGUUCUUACCUGAACAGUAGUAUAACUUCAGCCUGGAGUGAACACAGUUUGGACCCUGAAGACAUUAGAGAGGAGUUAAAAAAGCUCUACAGCCAACUAGAGAUCUAUAAGCGGAAGAAGAUGCUAGCCAAUAACCCUCAUCUCCAAAAAAAACGCAGUUCCAAAAAAGGCAUUGGACGUUCUCUCAUGCGGCGCAUCACAGAAAUACCAGAAACAGUGAGCCGUCAGUAUAGUCGCGAGGACAGGGAUGGAAGUGAACAUGGCAGCAAUCGCAGUACCCUACGGAGAAACCCAUUUGAGCCUUCUCAUGGCGGGAAGUCCAGAGAGGAAUCUCUGAAGAACAGGAUGUUCUCUCUGAAGAGGUCCCACAGUUAUGACCAUUCGCACGAUCAGGGUCAAAAUGCAAAUGGGGGUCCCGCAGACAAAUUGGAGAACUCAACCACAGAGUUGUCUUUGCUGGGCACCUUGAUGGGCAGAAGGUCUGCAAAGAAAAAUCCUGAGAUGCCAAAGGUGGAGCCUGCUGAAUCUGCGGAGUCAGUACCACUGGUGUGCAAGUCUGUUAGUGCACACAACUUAGCGGCAGACAAGAAGCCUGUGCAUCUCCGGACCUCAAUGCUACAGAAGUCUUUAAGUGUUAUCGCCAGCGCCAGGGAGAGAACAUUGGGGCUUGCAGGAAAGACACACAGUGUUGAGGAUGCCAGCAAAAAAGGCCUCAAGUCCCGAGACACCAGAAUGCUUUCAGAGGUAGAUGAAUCACCUGAAUGCUUUCCAAAGAUGAUCAUCAGCCAGUCUGUUGAGUACACCAAGACCCCAAGCAAAAUGGGCAUCAUGAAGCAACAAGUAAGCGGCAGUCAACCUUCCAUUUGCUCUGAGCCAGGGAGGAGCAAGGACCUGUAUGACCUUUCUGAAGUUUGCCCUUGGGAAAUGGAAGAUUUGCCCACUCCAUCUGAGGGGAAGGCCCAAAAACACGUUUCAAUUGCACCCAGUGAAACCACCACAAUCCACGGGAGCAGCUACAAAAGUGGACGGUCUCAGCACAAACAAAAGACGGCAAUCCAGUCUCCAUCAAACCGGCGCCGCUCUAGAGACAAGGGUAGCACAAGGGAGGAUGAGAGCGACAAGCAUGAGGGAAGAAAGCCCAAAUCACCCCUUAAACUGACUGCCCACAAAGGAGAUAUUUGUCCUUGGGAAUUUGAGGAUCCAUCUUCCAAGGGACUGGAGUCUGAGAUAACCAGUCGCAAGAAAAGUGUUACCCCUACAGAUGGAAAUCCCAAGAUGAUCCUCUCUGACAUCUCCAAGUCAACUGGAAGUCUUCUGCAGCCUCCAGCAUUCAUGGUUGAGAUUUGCCCUUGGGACUAUGAUCAACCUCCCUCCCCUAACCAGGAGAAGACCUCCAGCCCCACACACCAUUCAAAGAGAAGGGACUCUAACACGAAGAGAAAAGGUUCCUGCUCGUCAAAGGUGAAAGGGAAGGAUAAGGAGGACGAUAAACAAAGAUCUAAAAGCAAGGAGAGGAGAAGCUCUUCAAGCAAACCUUCAGAGAAACGUCGCAUCAGUCAAACAUCAGAUAGCAGCCAGGCUACCACGACAGUGUCUGGUAGGAGGAGGAGCUCGACAAGGGAGGUUGGGAUCACUGACAGUAAACGUGCUGAAGCAUGCCCUAGGGAAACGGAGUGCGUGCCAAGUGUCACCUCAAGGGACAAGUACUCCUCAGCUAGGGACAACCACACGGCAUCUCAAACAACAACAACAACAGCAGCUGCCGGCGCCAGUAAACUCAACAUGGCUGAGGUGUGCCCGUGGGAUUUCAGUGCAUGACACUUUUGCACAAAUUAACCUUUUUGAAAAGAGCUGUUGAAUUUUACUUUCAGCAUAAAGCUCUCCAGACUGGGUUUCUGAGGCAACUGAGGGUGACGCAGACGUUACAUUUGAGGAUUGCCUUAUGUUACCUCUCGUUUGGUUACGGUUUUUAAAGCAGAGCGCUAUUCAUCCAAAAAUGCAAAACAAACUGCUGAAAUAUUUUUGUGUUGUUUUUUAGGAUCAUGAUGCAUCCUGAAGACUGAAAACCACAACCUAAUUCACUGGUACUUUGUUUACAUGCACUUUAAGAAAUAUGAAGGGAAAGCGUCUUGACAGAAUGGUCCAAGGUUUAGGGCAAUAACCAAUACCUUGAGUUUUGGACUUGUAGAUUAUUAUUAUACUCUAAAAACUGAAACAUGAGUUGGUUUUUAAAAAUGGCUGCUGCAUGAGCUGAUAAGGCCAACAUACCUGCUACCCUUCCUUCAGUUUUGUAGUGAAACAAGUUGAAGGGUCACCAAUUUGUUGUUCUAAUUUCACAGAGUGCACUUUUGAAUGUAGUGCUCCUGCCAUACCAAUUUUUUUGUACCUGUUCCACCUGCUAACUAGGUCUCCCCCUCACAUGAUGCUACCAAAUUGGUAGGGUGAAGAUUAGCACAUGCUUCUUCCGAGAUCAAAGAGCCAUUAGUUGCGGCUACCUGCCAGUAGUGCAACGUCAUUGCACAGCUUUUUCGCACCUGGAAGAGAACGCUAACUGCCAAUUCUGUUAUCUUAGCUAAUAGACAACCAUGUUGGCUAGCAUUAUUGAAUUAUCGGGAGGAGGGAGAGGCAAAUCCAUCCUACCCGGUCUUGGACCCCCAGAUGGCUGUGGCAUCGCCAGGGACCGAAGGUGUAGUCUCCGGAUGACAAGACCACGAUUAGAAGGUUGAGCCAUUCAAGAGCGUCCUCAAAAUUCGUUGCGACUAAACUGGAGUUUCACUUAAAUUAAGCCAAGUUUAAUACUUUCUUUGUAGUAUUUUACAGUUUUAUUAUAAAUACUGUUUUUGUGUGGUAGCAACUGUCACAAUCUGGUGAGCGUAUCUGUCCUAACAAUUAAAAUACAGAAGUUACUUUCUGGUAAAUGUCCACAGUUGAUUUUCCCACGAUAGUUUUUGAUUAUUGCCAUACUCAACAAUUGUUCCACUCAAUAGAAAAAUGCAUGAAUGAAGAUGAAAUCGUGUAAAAUAUUUCUCCCGUUCUGAAUCUACAGAGGCCAAUUAGGACAAAGACGAUUCGGCGGGAGAGCACAAUACGUUUGUUUGGGAAUUGCAUGAAUGAGCUAAUUGUUGCGUUAUUGUUAAUGCAGUAUUGGUUUACCUUAGUCAGCACUGUCUACUCCAAUAUGGUGGUGUGGUGAUUUUGCAUCAGUAUGAGCUACUGUAAUAACACUUAACAAUGUCACCCAGCUGGGUAUUAAUGAUCGCUGUAUCCUAUCAAAUAAUGUUACAGUGGCUUCUGCAUGACAUUAAAUUAGUAGGCCUUGUCUUUCACAGCACAGUCCCUGAUCAUUUGGACUCUUAACUCACUGUAUUACGCUGUUUGUAAAUGGUUGAUAGUAAGCUGAUGCAUCCAGCCUGGAACAUUUCUACUGUAAAUUCAAAGUGUGCUCUUCUGUGAUAGCAUGUACAUAAAACACAUCCAACCUGCAAUAAACAUUUCAUGUUCCGAUUUUAA